AUGAUUCCUUACAACCUUCUUCAGAUAAAGCCCAGUUCUGUCCAGUCCAACCGAACUCGUCCCUGCAUUUUGUUCCAGGUCACCAUAUUUUUCUCGGACAUUGUGGGCUUCACCUCCAUCUCUGCGUCCUGCGCUCCUCUGCAAGUGGUGGAGAUGCUCAACAACCUGUACAUGUGCUUCGACACGCGCAUCGACUCCUACAACGUCUACAAGGUGGAGACCAUCGGGGACGCGUACAUGGUGGUGAGCGGUCUGCCGGAGAGGAACGGCGACCGGCACGCCGACGAGAUCGCCAAGAUGGCGCUGGACCUGGUAGCCGCCGUCCGACAGGUGUCCAUCCCCCACAUGCCCGACCACAGGCUGGAGCUCCGAGCCGGCAUCCACACAGGUCCGUGCGUGGCGGGAAUAGUCGGCUACAAGAUGCCCAGAUACUGUCUGUUUGGAGACACCGUCAACACGGCGUCCAGGAUGGAGUCCACCAGCUUGCGUACGUGUCGCUACACACCAAACACACAAACACACACACACACAGGGGCAUAA